AUGAGCGCAUCCCCACGUGCGCUUAUCCUGAGCACCCUGCCACGUGCGCCGCCCACGCGUUCAGCCCCAGGUGCGCUUAUCCAGACCACCAUGCGCAACCUCCCGCGUGCGCUACCACGCGUGCAGCCCCACGUGCGCAGGUCCUUAGCACCGCCCCUCGCCGGCCCUCCCACGUGCGCCCCCACGUGUCCAUUCUGUAGUGAGCGGACUGCUCAGCGCCCCACGCACGUCUCCAAGCGCGUUUCCCAGCGCAUUCUCUCACGUGCGCGGCUCAGCUGUCAUAUCUUGCUAGCGGACAAGACUGAAGAACUUUCUUCCUUUUAA